UAUUCUUCUGUCUUUUUGCCAUUAGGCAUAUGCUGUGAUCCCUGCCUAUUACUUGAGGGACUUACUGUACAUGCUACUCGACAUGCAGAAAUGGUGGCAAUUGACCAGGUCCUCGACUGGUGCAAGCAACACGACAGAGAUUACACAGAAGUGUUUGCACACUCAGUGUUGUAUGUAACCGUAGAGCCUUGUAUCAUGUGUGCAGCUGCGGUGCGCUUGAUGAAAAUUCCACGGGUCGUAUAUGGCUGUCGAAAUGAGCGAUUUGGAGGCUGUGGCUCAGUUCUGAGCAUCUCAUCUGAUGAUAUGGUAGACACAGGAGAACCAUUUGAAUGCGUUUCUGGCUUUCGUGCCAAAGAAGCAGUGGAAUUGUUAAAAGCUUUCUACAGACAAGAAAAUCCCAAUGCACCAAAAUCAAAAGUACGGAAAAAGGACCAUCGUAAUUAGCCCUAUGCUGGUGGGAGACAGAAACUUACCAAAAACUGCUAAGUGAAGGUUUUUUCAGCAUCCUUCUUUUUUAAAAUGUACAGACCAAUUAAACUAUGUCUGUUGUUCUGUACAGAGUUUUUACUAACAGGAUACUUACUGCCUGUUCCUGCAUUUGUAUGUACGUGAUUUCUUGUUAUCAUACGUGACCAGGCAGAAGAAUAAAUGGUUGGUUUUAGAAAGAGGAAAACUUAUGGUUCAAGUUCACUUGUUUACAGCCAGAUGGAUCCAUUAAAAUGAUGCCGAUCUGUGCAGCACAUUCUAGAAUAUUUUCUUUCCUUCUGUCUGUGGAGAAGCAUCUUCCCUUUCAGUAGUAAACAUUUGCUUAGGCAAAUCCAAGUAAAUCUCUUGGAAGGUGACAUUUGUAAGACCUUCACAGUCCUUCUGUGUGUAUUGAAUCAAAAGGCGUAUGAGGAAUUGUACAGUCCUUGAAGAUUUGAGAUAAGACCAUUGUAACAGUUCUUCAUUGUUUUUUACACCCCCGCUAGCACAAACCACAUUUUCAAACAUAACUUCUGAAAGUCACACGCAUGUGUGGACAGGUAGAUGUGCAGAACUGCACGCCUCAGUUUGUGUAUGCUAAUGCUAAUAAGGGUAAGCAAGCAUGGCUUGGCUGCACAGCAUCUCCAUACAAAGUGGUGGAGAAACGCUCCACAAGUGUCUUUAGGCUGUCCACUCCUCUUGUGAAUGUUAGCAUAAGAAAUGCUUUAUCAUUAAGAAUCCCCUAAGAAGCUGAAGUUGUUCUCCUCUGCUAAAUUAUAGGAACUGAGAUGGGCAGAUACAUGUGAAAACCGGGAAAUGAAAUUGGUGAUAGUAUGAAGAAAAUACCUUUGAGAUGUUUGUCUUUUUGUAGCGUUGGUCAGCUUUGUCAUUUCCAUGCACUUUGCUUCCCCAUGCAGUAAUUUAUAAUCCAGAAGAGGGCCUUACAGUUCCACUAAUGAAUUAAGAAUACAAGUGCAGUUUGCUCUUGAUUAUAUACCUCUUAGUGAUACCUAUCUUAAGCAUGAAACUCUCUGUAAUUUAUUCGGCUGAUAUUCAGAAAUUUGAGAAAUGCCUUAACUCUUUUUUUAAUGUAGAAGAGUGAUUAGAAUUCUAUGACUAUAAAAACUGAAUACAAUUAAGCCUUUUAGAUAUUUCAAAUAAAUACUUUCAAAAGUCUUUUUUUUUAAAAGAGCAUUAAAAGCAUUGCUUUGUCACCAUUGCUCCUGAUAGCUUAGAAAUUGUAUUUUGUGUAUUUACUUAUUGUUUACAAAGUGACAUGGGAAAGAAGCAUUUUUACCAUAAUAGCUAUUUCAGAGUUUAGAAAUCGUAUUCCUUUAACUGAGACCCUUUGACUGACGGCGGUGCCCAUCCUGUUCUCCGGGCUGUUACAGCACUCUCUGAGUCCUUUCCAUCAGCAAAAGAAGUUACGACAGUGUUUGGAUUUUAUCAGCUUUGGAGCUGCGAGGGCUCAUGAAUCGGACAGCUAAGCUGGAAGAGCUAUUUAGGAAAAGACCAUUUUUAAUGACUGUGAUGGCUUAAUUGGAAAGAAACAGUCACGCCUGUGGUUAUGGUAUUUGGCUGGUGGUACAAGAUCGCUCUUUAUCUAUACAGAUACAGAUUCAGGUCUCAGCUGGGCCAUAAUUUUCUUACACCUCAAAGAAGUCACUGAAGUCCAAAUUAAAGGAAGACAUUAGACUUCUGGCUUGUCACUGACAUCAGUGACAGUAGGAAUUGGAGCCUACACAUUGUUUUGGACCAGGACCUAAACCUCUCAGCACCUGUUCUUCUGCAGAAAUGGCUAAGAACGCUUUCCUUCCCCACUGCCUUCUUUCAAAGAAGAACAUUGUUAGCAGUUGGAGAGUGUGACAGUAGGAGCCAUGUACAAUGAGUAGAAAGGUUACUGGUAGUAGGGCAAAAAACACUUUACAAGCUGUGUCCAAUUCUGCAGUCCUUAAAAGUGGAACAGAAAUAAUCUGUAACAAGUCAGUGGUAACCUGUCACUUAGAAAAACAGUUUAAGUCCUGCUCAAAGCCCAAGACUGAAGAGGGAGACAAAAAUAAAAAUUUCUCUUAGGAGCGAUCAGGGGUAAUAACGUACGUCUUGGAAAAGGGGCAUAAAAGAGGAACAGCAUAUCAAGCUAAAAACUAUUGUAUUGCAGUGUAUUGGGUUUGUGGGGUAAGGUUUUGGUAGUGGGGGGCUACAGGAGUGGUUUCUGUGAGGAGCUGCCAGAAGCUUCCCCCAUGUCUGGCAGAGCC